AUGCCUUCGUCGCAAAGGUCUGGCAGAAUUGGCCGUGCUAAAUCGAAAACAGGGUGCGACACUUGCAAAAUCCGCCGUAUCCGCUGCGGAGAGGAGAAGCCGUCCUGUGUGAAAUGCACCAGCACUGGCCGACAGUGUGCCUACAGCGCCUUGCAACCCCAAAGAGCUCUGGCUUCUCCGUUUCCACAAUGGCAUUCAGGCCAAAGGGAACGCCGUGCUUUCGAGUUCUACUUUCACCAAGCAGGACCGGCUCUUGCAGGCAUCAUUGAUCUCACCUUUUGGAAUGGGGCGGUCUUGCAGAUGUGUCGACUCGAGCCAGCUGUGUGGGAUGCUGUCAUUUCACUAAGCGCUCUGUAUGAGCGCCCGCCGAUCAAUGACUCGUCUCCUUUUUCGCUCAUCCACAGCCCGGCCGAUGUGCGUUAUGACUACCACCAUGAGGCAUUGGUUUGGUACUCGCGCUCAUUGGCUGCUUUGCAACAACGCAUUCAUCGAGGCGUUGCGGAUGUCACUAUAUCCACGAUCGCUUGUAUCCUGUUCAUUGCCAUUGAACUCAUUCAGGGUCACAGAUCAGCUGCAGUUGCACUGUACACAAAAGGGACGCAGCUUUUAACUGACGUGACAACCUCCCCGGCAUCUGGCGCUGAGCUUGAAUUCCUGACGGCUACUACUAGCUCUAUCUUCCAUCGCCUGAGGGCGCAGUUUCUCAUCUCAACAGAUGGCACAUUGUGUGAGUCGCGGGCGACAGAUUGUACUGAAAUGCGCAAACAGUUCGGUUCAAUCACUGAAGCCAGAAACGCGCUUGCCGACCUCGUUGGGGAAUGGAAGAUUCUGAACAGGCGUGUCAAAGAUAGUUUGGAACAACUUGACGGCCGCAGUUGUGAAACAUCCUCCGCAAUCCAACAACGACGAGACAAUUUGGAGCGUCGUCUAAUGGCCUGGCAUACGUCCUUCAUACGUCUUUUGUCCCCAUGCAUAUUGAUCGAAACUCAAACAUCUCUUGCUUUCAACGAGAUGGUUUAUGAUAAAUAUGAUGCAGAGUUCACCCAUAUCCUAGAGUAUGCGCCCAAGGCUCUCGGUGCAACUCGCACCCUGGAUGGCCGCCAGCCAGGGUUCAUGUUCGAAAUGGGGGUUUUCCUGCCCCUCUUCAUCACAGCACUCAAGUGCCGGAAUCCCAAAUUGCGUCGUCAGGCCUUGAACUUCUUGUUAGACGCUCCACCCGUGCAGGGUCUUUGCAUGUGCUCUCCCGUGGUUGAUCUUAUCGCCAUGAUUAUUCUCGUCGAAGAGGAUCUCGUGGCUCUGGACCGAGCCGAGUCGCUGAUAGGUGUGCUGGCAGGGCCGGGGAGAUAUCCAACCGCAGAUAAGCGAAUCGCUACAUUCAAUGUAUCGUCUUAUCUGAAUAAUGAUGGACGACGGGAAAAUCGACUCCACCUCGCUGCCUAUGUUGCCAACGCCGAGGGGAGAUGUGUACUUUCGGGGAGAUCGGUCUUGCUUCCAUCUCCCGGAAGCGAAACGAGCGCAUGA